AUGGUACGCUUGCUUUCUUUUAGUUUGCCGUCAAAUAUAUAAGGCCCACCGUGAUCUUUGCUCGGCGCCAAAUUCAACACUAAGAUGGUGGAAAUUAACUGAAAAGGUUUGAGAAAGAAGAGAACGCAAUAUUCAAGAACUGAAAUGGGGGACUCUCAGCCCCAAGCAUUUAGUGUUCGAAUAGUUUCAAUCGACUACUACAUGGCGCCGCCAAUUCCUGGCUUUGACGUUUCUUACAGUUCUUUCCACGGUGGGAAGGUGAACGAGGUUCCAGUGAUCAGAAUAUACGGCUCGACUCCGGGUGGUCAGAAGACUUGUUUGCAUGUUCACCAUGUUUUACCUUAUCUAUACGUUCCCUGCUCUGGACUGGGCCCUAUAGCAAAUGAUGAAGUUGAUUCACGCACACAGUGUUUAUCUCUAGCCCUUGAGAAGGCUCUAAAGCUCAAAGGUAAUGCUGGCGCAAAACGUCAGCAUGUGCAUGGUUGUGAACUUGUUCGGGCAAGGAAGUUUUAUGGCUAUUAUUCUUCGGAGGAGCUGUUUGUGAAGAUCUCUUUCUAUUACCCCCAGGAUGUUUCACGUGCUGCAAAUCUUCUUCUGACGGGUGCAAUCUUGGAUAAGAUGUUACAGCCUUAUGAAUCUCAUAUACCUUUCCUUCUCCAGUUCUUGAUUGACUACAAUCUGUAUGGGAUGGCCCAUAUACACGUUUCAAAGAUGAAGUUUCGCUGUCCUGUUCCAGAUGCUUUCUCUGAGCGAAAAGUUAACCAUAAUAGUGUACUGAAACCAUUGGCUGAUGACUCCAGUUGCAUGGAUUUUCAGGCAGAUGUAGAUAGAGAUUUAUGUUUGAAUACACCAAUAUGGAUAUCUUCUACAAUUCCGGAUGGUUGGAUCUGGCAAUAUUCACCUCAAAUUGAUUCUUCAUCGAAUGAAGAUAUUCCACUUUUUAGACGUCAGAGUACAUCUGAGCUGGAAGGCGAUGCUGUAGUGCAUGAUAUCAUAAAUCAGCAGUUUAUAUCAUUUGCACCUCUCUCUCAGACUCACUCUGAUGUGAAAAUGGUUCAGUCACUAAUACCUAUCUGGGAGGAAGAAUUUGAGAGAAAUGGAGUGCCUGAUGCCAUACCUCCUGAGUCUCAUAAACCACUUCCGCAAGAUGUAUUGAGGCUUCUGUCUGAUGGAGUUGAAUUUGAGAAAUUUAUGGAAGUGAGAGAUGUUGCAGAAAGCUCAUCUCUUUCGACUCCAGAACCAAUUGAAUCUUCAAAGGAUUGUGGAGAUAUGGUUGACUCUGGGAUUGCUAACCUUGAGAAUAGCAAUCAUUUGCCUUGCAAAUAUUUGAAAGCAAGUGAUCGAAGUUCUCUAUUAUCAUUAGACUCACCAUUUCCAAAUGUUGAUGCAGCAGAAACUAAUGAGAUUGAUGCAGCUGCUCAACCACAAAUAUCUUGCACCCUGGAACCUUCAAGUGCAAAGGCAACAAAUGAAGAUGCCUUAAGGCUUUUGAGGUGGCUUGCAUCUUCUCAAGCUGCUGAAGAUAUCAAUUCUGAUGACGAACUUGCUCAUAAAACCAUUUUGAGUUCCUUACUACAUCCAAAAGACAUUGACAAGGUGUUAGAGAGAGCCAAUGUUGACUAUGAGAGUCUUGAUUCUAUUGAUAUGCUUAACUUUGAAGAAUUGAAUGACGGAGCCUUUAACCUGGCCAAGUAUAAUCAUUCUAGCAAAGUUUUGUCAAAUGAAAAAAUACCUCAAGUGGAUGGUUCUGGUGAUGAUGUACAAUCAACACCUUGCUCCAAUAAGUCGCCCAAAGCAGAAACUAGUGAAGCGAAGCCAUCUCUGGAAGUCCAAUCAUGUCUUGAAUUAGAUUCCGACUUAGUCUGUAAGCACAGAAGGAAAAGACCUCGAUGGGGUUCUUUACCUAUUUCUUCUGAGAAAGUGAAUAAUGUUUCACAUCCUAAAACAUUCUCCGUCUUGAAUGGAUGUAACAAUGAGAAGAAAGAAGGUUCAGGAACUUCUUGGUUUGGGAAUGAAGCAGAAGAAAUUCCAUGUCUAAAGGUUGAUCAGACGAAGGAUGUGGGUUGCACAGAACAAGCUAGAGUGAUGGUUGAAUGCUCUACACGGGAUUUGAUGAGGAGAAAGCGGUCCCAUAGAGUUGAAAACUCUGAGUGUACAAGUCCGGUGGAAGAUUGGAAAGCAGAAUCAUGCUCUGAUGCUGAGUGUGAGAAAAGAAAUACAAAUCUUGACACAAAAUUGUGGAGUGAUAUGGAAGAAAAAGAGGCUUUCCUUUCACCGUUGCAUAUACCUCCUGUCGAAAAUCAGGUCACAAAAUGUCAUGAAAGGAACAUAAAUUCUGCUGGUGGGGCAUGCAAUGAGGCUAUUAAUGUUAAACCCUCCACUUCUUAUUCUCCUAUUUUUGGUAAAUUGCCGCUAUCAUCCAGCAAGGAUGGCAUAAAGGUAGGUAAUCUCCUGAAGAAUGGAAAUCCAGAGUAUGCUAUUCAGGUUGAUUCUGAAGAUAGCCAUCCUGGUCAAUAUUUGCAUGGCUGUGUGGAUUAUGAUCCGUGCCUUCAAGUUCGUUCGUGCAACUCUGAACAUGCUCAUGUUUCUAAAAGAGAAAUUAAAAGUGAAGAGUUUGGUUGCAUGGAGCUGCAAACAGGUGCUGUGGGUUCAUGUACUGUGACUCCAAAUUCAGCUCUAAGUGACCUUGUUACCAAAAAUCACUCGAAAAGUGAACCUGGAUGUCAGACCUCAAUCUCUGUGUGCAAGUUGCCCGACAAUCCGACUGAGGAUAUGAAGGACACUGAAAGUGAAACAACUCUUGUGCAGUUUGACAGUUCACCAGAUCAUGGAAGAAAUGCUAGUUUAUCUAAGCCUUACGACACAUCAAAAAAUCUAAACAAGGAAGCCGAAACUGUAAAGCUAAUUGGUAUGACCUUCUCCAAGAAAUCUCCGAUGAUAGAUUGGACGGAUGAACCCGAGAGUGAAGCUCCAGUGUUGCUUGGGGAUGGGGGGCAUAACUUAAGAACAUUCAUUCAGGGAAGAUCUACAGAUAGUGGCCUCCCUUUUUUCAUGAGGAACCACCAAGAAGAAGAGCUUCUGGGCCUCAGCCCUAGCCAGUGUAAACAUAUUGAUAAAAAUGAACCAGUAAUGGGUGUUCCUAUCAUUUAUCAGAAUGAUGGGUCAUAUUUAUUAAUGCUGACACCUGCAGUGUCGCCACCUUCAAGGGAAUCUGUUGAUAGGUGGCUGUCAUUUGAUUAUUCUGAUACUUGGAGGCACAAGAUAGAAGCACAAUCAGCAUUUCAUCCAAUAUCCAAGGAAUUCUCAGUUGAUAUGGUGGAUUCACAAAGUUCUCAGUCCGAUGAUAGUAAUUGCCCUUUGCCCGAGUGUGCUUCUUUGUUCAAUAAAGAGACUAAUUUUAAGCAGCGAAUGGAGCAUAAUCAAGAGAGCUGCUGCGUGAAAGUUAAGAAUCUUAAUGAGGGCAAGGAAAACCUGUCAAUUGGAUGCUCACAAGAUACCUCUCAGAUAUCUGGUCCUGAUAAAAAGACGAGGUUGACUCCUUUGAGUCAAAUUGGUUUUCGGGAUCCAGCAAGUGUGGGUCAAGGGCAGCAACUAACGCUGCUCAGUAUUGAGGUCCUGGCUGAAUCUAGAGGAGAUCUGAGGCCUGACCCUCGAUUUGAUGCCAUCAAUGCAAUUAUUCUUAUUAUUCAGGAGGAUGAUGAAUCUACGCUCGAAGCUCACGUGCUUCUGCGUUGUGAUUCUGCUUAUGUUGAAAAGGAUCUUGAUGCAGUUUCAGAGUCGAAAGUAUUUGUUUUUACUGAAGAAUUGCAAUUGUUUAACCAUUUCACAAAGAUAGUCUGUGCUUCUGAUCCAGAUGUCCUAAUGGGCUGGGAUAUUCAAAGUGGUUCCCUUGGGUUUUUGGCUGAAAGGGCUGCACAUAUAGGUGUUGGUUUGCUAAAUAACAUAUCAAGAACACCAUCUCAAAUAAAUGUAGCUUCUGGAGAUUCCAGAGCUUCUCAAAAGGAGAUGGUUAAAGAAAUAUUUUCUGAAUCGGUGAAUGCUGAUGCAGUCCAUCUAGAGAAUACAAUAAUUGAGGAUGAGUGGGGUCGAACACAUGCUAGUGGUGUUCAUGUAGGUGGUAGGAUUGUGCUUAAUGUUUGGAGAUUGAUGCGGAAUGAAGUUAAACUUAAUAUGUACACAGUUGAAGCCGUAGCUGAAACAGUUCUUAGGCGAAAAAUUCCGUAUAUCCCUUCGAAGGUACUAACAAAAUGGUUUUCAAGUGGCCCUGGGCGAGCUAGAUAUAGAUCAAUUGGUUAUACAUUAGAGAGAGCAAAGUUGAAUUUGCAGAUCAUGAAUCAGCUUGAUAUGAUAAACCGAACAUCAGAACUUGCUCGAGUAUUUGGUAUUGACUUUUUUUCAGUACUAUCUCGAGGUUCACAGUACCGUGUUGAAUCAAUGUUUCUGCGAUUAGCACAUACGCAGAACUAUCUAGCCAUUUCCCCUGGAAGCCAUCAGGUUGCCAAUCAACCAGCAAUGGAGUGCUUACCUCUUGUUAUGGAGCCGGAGUCUAGCUUUUAUGCAGAUCCUGUUAUUGUUUUGGAUUUUCAAUCUCUUUAUCCAUCAAUGGUUAUUGCGUAUAACCUUUGCUUUUGUACAUGUUUAGGAAAGAUUACACCUCCAGGGCCAAAUAUCCUUGGUGUCAGUUCAUAUUUACCAGAUAUAAAUACUUUACGCAAUUUGAAACGUGAAUUACUGGUCACUCCUAAUGGUGUUACCUAUGUUCCUUCAAAAGUUCGGAAAGGGAUACUACCUAGACUGUUAGAAGAGAUAUUAUCAACCAGAAUCAUGGUGAAACAAGCAAUGAAAAAAUUGUCACCAUCUCAGCUAGUUCUUCACAGGAUAUUAAAUGCCCGACAGCUUGCUUUAAAGCUUAUAGCAAAUGUUACUUAUGGCUAUACAGCUGCUGGAUUUAGUGGACGUAUGCCUUGUGCUGAGCUUGCAGACAGUAUCGUGCAGUGUGGCCGUAGAACGCUGGAAACUGCAAUUUCAUUUGUAAACUCAAAUGAUAAGUGGAAUGCCAGAGUUAUUUAUGGUGAUACUGAUAGCAUGUUUGUACUCCUUAAAGGGCGUUCUCUUAAAGAAGCUUUCACAAUUGGACAAGAAAUUGCAUCAGCAAUAACUGAAAUGAAUCCAGCUCCUGUCAAGUUAAAAAUGGAAAAAGUUUACUACCCAUGCUUCCUCCUUACAAAGAAAAGAUAUGUUGGUUAUAGUUACGAGAGUCCACAUCAGAGCAAGCCAAUCUUUGAUGCUAAGGGUAUAGAGACAGUGCGAAGGGAUACAUGUGGGGCUGUAUCUAAGACUUUGGAGCAAUCACUAAGGAUCUUUUUUGAAAGCCAUGAUAUUGAUAAGGUCAAAGCAUAUAUGCUGCGUCAGUGGACAAGGAUAUUAUCUGGCAGGGUCUCUCUUCAGGAUUUUGUUUUCGCAAAGGAGGUUCGCUUGGGCACUUAUAGUGUGCAUGCUUCUUCACUUCCUGCAGCUGCAAUUGUGGCCACUAAAUCAAUGAGAGCUGACCCGCGGGCAGAACCUCGGUAUGCUGAGCGAAUACCUUAUGUGGUGAUCCAUGGUGAACCUGGGGCUCGUUUGGUUGAUUUGGUGGUAGAUCCGUAUGAACUUCUAGCUAUCAAUUCCCCUUUCCGGUUAAAUGAUACUUAUUACAUUAGGAAACAGAUAAUCCCAGCUUUGCAGCGAGUAUUUGGGCUUGUUGGGGCUGAUCUGAACCAGUGGUUUCUAGACAUGCCCCGCCCAGGACGUGAAGCUAUUGGCAAACGCCAUUCUCUUGCACCAAAUCCACAGCGGACGAGAAUUGAUUACUAUUAUGCGUCAAGACAUUGUAUCAUCUGUGGUGACUUAGUACAGGGAUCAGCCCAUCUUUGUCCCAACUGUUCUAAGGAUGAAACGACUGUUGCUGUGGCCUUGACAGGAAGAACUUCAAAACUGGAAAAGGAUAUUCAACACCUUGCUGCUAUAUGUAGACACUGUGGGGGUGGAGAUUGGGUCAUUGAAAGUGGAGUGAAAUGCACAUCACUGGCAUGCUCUGUUUUCUACGAGAGGAUGAAAGUUCAGAAAGAAUUGCAGUCACUGUCUCAAGUUGCUGCAAGAACCGGUUUCUAUCCAAAAUGCAUGGUAGACUGGUUCUAAUUCUGCCCUCUAUUCCUCUUCUCUGCUUCUGACUUAUUGUCAUUAUAGUGUGUGUUGUACAAAUUGAUGUAUCUUAAUAAUAUAUACUUGCUAUUCAAACA